AUGAAGAAGACGCGCAUGUCCAUCGACGACAUCCGCGCGAUGGUGGGCAGCAUCCGCGCCAACGUGCAGAACAUGCGCGUGACCAACAUCUACGACGUCCAGGGCCAGGGCGAGAGCGGCGCGGCCAAGACGUACAUCCUCAAGCUGCACCAGCCGCCCUUCCCCAAGGUCUUUUUGCUGCUCGAGUCGGGCGUGCGCUUCCACACGAGCAAGUACGCGCGCGACGCCAAGGCCGGCAGCGCGCUGCCCAGCCAAUUCACCAUGAAGCUGCGCAAGCACCUGCGCGGCAAGCGGCUCUCGGGGCUGCGGCAGCUCGAGGGCGACCGCGUCGUGGACUUCACGUUCGGCCAGGACGCGCUGCAGUGCCACCUCAUCCUGGAGCUCUACGCCUCGGGCAACAUCGUCCUCACGGACGGGGACUACCGCAUCCUGUCGCUGCUGCGCACGCACCGCUUCGACGAGAACGUCAAGAUGGCGGUCAAGCAGGUCUACCCGGUGCAGCUGCUGGGCGAUCAGGAGAAGCAGCGCGCCAUCCAGACGCCCGCGCAGCUCGCGGCCUUCGUGGACAAGUGGUUCGUGGAGCAGGAGGCCAAGGCGGCCGUGGCGCUGCCCGGCAAGACGCAGAAGAAGAAGAAGGCGCAGACCAUCAAGCAGCUGCUGCUCGUCAAGGAGUCGACGUUCGGUGGUCUCGGCCCCGUCAUCAUCGAGCACUGUCUGGUGCGCGCGGGCAUCUCCCCCACGCUCAAGCUCAAGAACGCGGCGGAGUUCUCGGCUCUGGGCGACGACAAGCUGGCAGCGCUGCUGGCUGAGAUCCAGGAAGGAUGGAAGCUGCUGGAGAGACUGCAGGACGAACAGACCUCGGUGAACGGCCCCGUGCCCGUGCAGAACGAUGAUACUGUCGAUGCGGGGGAUAGCGAUGAAGAAGAGGCUGCUCCUGUCGCCAAGGCGCCCUCGAGCGCUUCGUCGCAGAAGUGUGGUUUCAUUAUUCUGAAGGAUUCAGCGGACGAGAACGCUCCCGAGCAGUUCGAGGAGUUCACGCCGUUCUUGUAUGCGCAGCACCAGCAGGCUCACAAGAAGGUCAAGAGCUUCGACACGUUUGACGAGGCUGUGGAUGAAUACUUUUCGCGUUUCGAGGCCGACACUGCUGAGGUGGCGAAGCAGAGCGCGCAGCUUGCGGCCGAGAACAAGCUCGCGAAGCUGAAGAAGAACCAGCAGCAGCAGCUCGCCCAACUGCGUGAGGUCCAGGAGCAGAGCUUCCAGCACGCCCAGCUGAUUGAAGCUAACCAGCAAGAUGUGGAGAAUGUGCUUCUUGUGAUUCGUAGCGCUUUGGCUAGCGGCAUGGACUGGCGUGGUCUGGAGGAGCUUGUGCGCUACGAGCAAAAGAACGGGAACCCUGUGGCGAGCCUCAUCCACAAGCUCGAUCUGGAGCACAAUCGCGUGGCUAUUCUGCUGUGUGAUGAGGAGGAUGACGACGAAGGUGAAGACGGCGGAGAUGGCACUGGCGAGGAAGACAAGCAAGCGCAUGUUAUCUGGAUUGAUUUGUCGUUGUCAGCUCUGGCCAAUGCACGUGAAAUCUACACGAAGAAGAAGAAGGCCGGUGAAAAGGUGAAGAAAGCCACGGAGGCUACCGACAAGGCCAUUGCACUGGCGGAGAAGAACACCAAGAAGACGUUGGAGAAGCAGCAAACCAAGCGCAACGUGAUCUACCAGCGACGCAAAACGCUUUGGUUCGAGAAGUUCCACUGGUUCCUCACCAACGAAAAGUAUUUGGUCGUGGCUGGUAAAGAUGCUCACCAGAACGAGCUGCUGGUGAAGCGCUACCUGCGCAAGGGUGAUGUGUAUGUCCACGCUGAUCUUCACGGUGCUGCUACGUGUAUCGUCCGAAAUCACGCUACUGUGAAGGACAAGAAGACACAGGAGCUUCCUCCCAUUCCGGUGGCUACGCUGGAGCAGGCAGGAUGCAUGAGCGUGUGCCGCAGUAACGCAUGGACUAGCCAGGUGAUUGCUGGCGCAUACUGGGUGCACGCAGACCAAGUUUCCAAGACGGCCCCUGCAGGCGAGUACCUUACUACGGGUAGUUUUAUGAUUCGCGGCAAGAAGAACUACAUCCAGCCAUCACGACUUGAGAUGGGACUGGCGGUUCUCUUCCGUAUUGACGAGAGCUCAAUUAGCAAUCACGCGCGGCAAGGUGAGGGAAGAACACAGCGCGCAGCAGAAGACGACCACGAAGAGGAACAGGAUGAGGAGGACGCGGAUCAAAAAGAGGAGACGCCUGCACAGCAGCCGCAACGCGAGGGUAAGAAGCGGUUGUCUGCUAAGGAGCGUCGUGACUUGAAGAAGAGCAAGCUGCCAUCGCGCGACGACUCAAUAGACGAGCAGCAUCCCGCGCAGCAGAAGCGAGCUAAGGGAAAAGACAAGGACAAGGGCCCUGCUUCGGCACCGCAGCAGAAGAAAAGCGUACGCGGUAAGAAGGGCAAGAUGAAAAAGAUGAAGAAGAAAUACGCAGACCAGGAUGAGGAAGACCGACGGCUGCGCAUGGAGGCUCUGGGUCACGCCGUUGAAGAGGACCAGGAGGAGGAGGAGGAACCGAGCAAGGAUGGCGACGACUCCGCAGAGCAGUCCGGUGAUGAAAACGAAGAGGCUGCUGACUCGACCCCCUCCAAGAAGGAAGCGAGCGAGGAAUACAUUCGCCACCAGCGUGAGAAGAAGGAGAAGUACCUCGACGAGCAGGAGGAUGAGGCCGAGGGCGCCGACUUCUUCGACGCGUUCACGGGCGAGCCGCUGGCUGACGACAUCGUGCUGUUCGCGAUGCCCAUGUGUGCGCCGUACGCGUCGCUGAUCAAGUUCAAGUACAAGGUGAAGCUCACGCCGGGCAGCCAGAAGAAGGGCAAGGCGGCCAAGCAGGCGAUGGAGCACUUCUUCGCGUCCAACUUUAAGGACGAGAAGGACGCCAACAAGAGCGCUCCGUACCGUCCCGGCGGCGCCGAGGCGGAGGACGAGGCCCAGCCCGACGUGAACCCGAUCGUCGUGCAGCGCGAGCUGAUGCGCUGCAUCCCGGAGAACGAGCUGGUGAACUGCAUGGUCGGACCCGUGAAGAUCUCGGCGCCCGGCCUACAUGGGCCCAACGCCGGCGGCAAGAAGGGCGGCGGCAAGCGUCCGUCCGGCAAGCCCAAGAAGAAGGGCAAGAAGUAG